AUGAAGAAUAAAUUUGAAAUGAGCGAUCUAGGAUUGCUAGCAUAUUAUCUGGGAAUAGAAGUUAUUCAAGCAGGGGGUGAGAUAGCCAUCAAGCCGACAGGCUAUAUCAACAAGAUACUCAAAGACGCUGAUAUGUUAACCUGCAAUGACACAAAGAUUCCCAUGAAUCCAGGAACACAAUUAACAAAGACUGAAGAAAGAGAUCUAGUAGAUGCAACACAUUACAGAAGCCUGAUAGGUUCUCUCAGGUACUUAUUGCAUACAAGGCCAGAUCUAUGUUACCCAGUCAGUCUGCUUAGUAGAUUCAUGCAAGAACCAAAGGAGCAACACUUGAAAGCUGUGAAGCAAAUACUACGUUAUAUCAAAGGAACUAAAGAGCAUGGAAUCAUCUACAAGAAGCAAGGAGGAUGUAAGAUCACAGGUUAUAGUGAUAGCAGUUUUGGAGUUAAUACAGACAAAGGAAAAGGAACAACUGGUCUGGUAUUCUACUUUGGAGAAUCACCUAUAACCUGGUGUACACAGAAGCAACAGACAGUGGCAUUAUCAUCAUGUGAAUCAGAAUUCAUGGCAGCCACUGCAGCAGCAUGCCAAGCACUAUGGCUUAAAAGAAUUGUUAAGUGA